CUUCCCCCUCGUACCUUUCACCCACCCACCCCCACUGUAACAGAUCGCUCUGUUUCGCUUUACCUUUUUCUCACUCAAAUGCUUCCCUUCCUCCUCUGCCUUCUUCCAGGCUAGCACUACCGGAAUCCGCCAUGGGAACAACAGACCAAGAAAUGAACUCACGCGGCGAGGUGGUGGAGUCGCCAUUGCAUCUCCACAAUUCCAAUUCCAACAACAACAACACAAGACAGCAACAUCCCCUUCACUUCCCUGGGAAGGCAGUCCUCCAUCUACUCUCCCUCACCCUCGACGAAUUCCAGCACACCCUCUGCGAGGGCGGCAAAAAUUUCGGCUCCAUGAACAUGGACGAGUUCCUCAACAGCAUCUGGACCGCCGAGGAGAAUCAGGCCACCGGAGGGGGCGGCGGACACGCCGUCGUUCAUAAUUCCAACCCGCCCGCGAUUUCCAUGUCGGCGGGUGUCAACAACAACGGGGACCCGACGGGUUCGGGCGAACCGGGUCGGGGGAUCUCCAAGCAGACUAGCCUGCCGCGGCAAGGCUCGCUCACUCUCCCGGAGCAGCUCUGCAGGAAGACGGUGGACGAGGUUUGGUCGGAGAUUCACAACGGGAGGAUUAACAAGGCGAAGGCGGCGGCGGAGGCGGCCAAGAGCGAAGGGAAUUCCAAUUCUUCACGGGGAAACGUGCGGAAUGCCGAUUCUACCCCUCGGCAGCCGACUUUUGGGGAGAUGACGCUAGAGGAUUUUCUGGUCAAGGCAGGGGUAGUUCGGGAACAACAAUGUGGGGCAGCAGCUGCUGCCGCCGCCGCGGCUCCGCCUCUCCUUCCACCUCAACAGCAGUCGCAGUACGGGAUGUACCAGUCCGGCGGCGGCGCUGUCGCGGCGGGGUUUCUUCCCCGGUCGAUCGGAAGCGGUGGGGCGGUGGGUAAUUACCAGUCGGUCCUUCCACAAACUGGUGGGCCCAUGGGAGAAUCAUCCGGAAGGAACGGUGGUUACGCGCCGCAGCAGCCUCCGCCGCCGCCAGCAGCUGUUUACGGUGGGAGAGUAGGGAAUGGAAUCGCCGGCGGAGGGGGUUAUGCGCCGGCUCCACUGGUGGGGCCUGUUAGUCCAGUGUCGUCGGAUGGGAUGGUGGCGAAUGUGGAUGCGGUGGGGAAUCAGUACGGGAUGGAUAUGAGUGGGUUGAGGAGCCGUAAGAGAAUAAUUGAUGGGCCGGUGGAGAAAGUGGUUGAGCGGCGGCAGCGGCGGAUGAUCAAGAAUCGUGAGUCCGCGGCCAGGUCCCGUGCUAGGAAACAAGCUUACACGGUUGAGCUGGAGGCAGAACUGAACCAGUUGAAAGACGAGAACAAGCAGCUCAAGCAAGCACUGGUUGAGCUAGAAAGGAAAAGAAAGCAACAGUAUGUCGAGGAACUGAGGACGAAGGGACAGUCGAAGGCACAGAAGGCCAGGGAGAGGCUGAGGCUCAUGAGAAGGAACCUCAGUUGUCCGUUGUGAUAUCACUUGGUGGCGACAUGGAAACCCGUUACGAGUCCUUUAUGACGUCUGCGGCCGAGAGCCGGUGCACCUGCGGGGUAAGUUUCGCAGCCGGUGGUGCACCUGUAGGAGAGAUCCGGUGCAGAUCAAUGACGAAAGGAAGAGAAUACACUUGCAUUGUGAAUGCAUUGCGAGAGGUUGUACAACGGGUGGCUUCUGAAGGUCGGACAAAGAGUCGAAGGCAUGAAAUGUAGCCUAAGCUUCAUUCGAAAUGCUAAUGAUUGUAGUUUUUACUUUGAAGGAAACUUGUAUCACCAUAGGAGUUAGCUUAAUCACCCAGCGGCGGUGCAUCGAGAACUGGAUAUAGAGCUAGUGAAUUUGUUUUGAGAAAGGAAAGUAAAAUAAGUUAGAUGCUUGUUUGCUUAAAAUGGUGUCUGCUAGCCAUUGCUCAUAUUAUUCAUUUCUGGAGUUAGGUCGGGUGAUCUGGCAGGGUAAAAUGGACUAGGCGAGUCUGACCAGCGUACGCAUUGUUACUUGAAUGUGAGACUAAUCACUCAAAAGUUUGCUCGAGGGAAGGAAAGACAUGCUAGAAUUACGAAACAGCUUGCUACAUCAAAUGUGAGACUGAUCACUCAAUGUGGUUUCUUCCAUUAUGCCUUCAAAUGUGUAGCACCAACACAAGCAGCUAAAGGAAACGAAGGAAUGCAUAUAUUCCAGUUUGCAGCGAGGAUGCAGCUCAUAACUUGCAAAAGAAGAGAUGAUUACACACACGUUCAGUUAACUUGCCUUUACAAGACGAAUCAUACAAAGCCAAAGAACUACUUGCCUUUACAUGUAUCCAACCGUUUUUCAUAUCGAGCCCCGAUCUAACAACCCACACAAGUUUACAGAUGACAGGAUAGUCGCACCGUAAGCAUCUCUGACAGCGACCAUAUCGAAGCUCCUAUCGGCUACUGGUACCUUGUGCGGCACUGCCGGUAGAAGUCGUCAUGAAAGACUCGCCGCAGCCACAUUGGCCCUGAGAGUUUGGAUUGAUGAAUAUGAACUCUGACCUAAGUUUGUCAUCAACGAAAUCCAUCUUUGUUCCAAUCACAUGCAUGAGAGCCUUGGGAUCAAUCAGUACCUUCACGCCCUUCUCGUCAAUCAACUCGUCGAAUUUUCCUUUCUCGUCUGUUCGAAUUAUCAACAAAAAGCAAAGCAACAUAUAUCCUUUCAUUUUCAGCAACUUCCUUCGUUGGAACAUGAACCACAAGUAUACAAGGCGCAGCAGCAGUGGAAAACAGAAGAAGGACCAGAUCUCCAUGGUAGCAAGCAGGAUAUCAUGAACUAUUACCUAGCUAAUCACGGAAGCAAGAACUGUUCGAUCAAAGCAGCCAGAGGUAAUAAGAAGGAACUGAUCAUUGAGCAAGUGGUUGCAUUUAUCAAAGAGUCAGUUAUGAGUUUUCCACAUAGGCAUCAAAUCAAAUCUAUGAUUCACUAUUAGUUCUAGGAAUUCCACAGGACGACCUGCAACAGAUAAAAGGAAAUUGGUAGAGAAAAGGGAGGUUCGAUUCUACACCAUAGAUUUCCCCCUUCUCCGAAGAAAAGAAUAAUCAUCAUAUCACAGCGAGAUCCAGAGCAUGUCAACAAUACCAAUUUCGACUUUCUGUCUCAAAUGGUAGAAAAUAUCGGAACCACGUUAAAGCGCAACCUAAGAUCAGGGCGAAAUAAAGCAAGAGCUACAAGAGGAGAUCGAAGAAGGAGAGUGGCAGCAGCAACGCACCUGCGUAAUUGAGCGUGUAGGACAAGCCGUUGCAUCCGCGAGCUUUGACGCCAAGCCGGAGGAAAGGCCGCUGCCGCUGCUGCAAAAGCUGGCGUAUCCUCGACGCCGCCGCGUCUGUUACGACACGGCCUGCCUCCUCAUGGCGGGGCCGAUCUUCUGCGCUAAGGAUUUUGAUGCCAUGGUCGUUAUUUGUCCCGAUUUUGCCUACACUCCAAAGGAAGACGAACUGGCUUUAUCUUCAACCUAAGGAUGAAUCGUCACGAAUUUCUGGUACGGCCACCGUGAUAAUUGUCAAAAAAAAAAUUUGGUCGGAGG